UGUUAGAAUUACUUCACCCUUUCUUUGUGCCUAGUCGGGAUCGAGCUGAUGUGGACUCGGGACAGUGAGCACCGUGCCGUGAAUGAGAGUGUGGAACUGCUUAUUAUCCAAGCCUGGAGGUCGGAGGUGGAGGGAGACCUUCUCGGAUUCGUCUUCGGAACAGUAGACCCAGGACAUCGGCAAACAAUCGUGCGGGAGCUCUUGGUCCCCUUUGAGCAGUUGCUCGACGAUCUUCCAACCGACAUCAUCUUGCAUCGCGACGAGAAUCCGGCGCCGUACGUGCUUUCGCGGAGUUUAAAGUCGUACUUGCAAUGGUCAGCCUGUCAGGAGGAUCGCGGGGGAGGAGGUAGCUACCCAUCGCGCGCGGAGUAUCUGAACCCCCGAGGGAUAAUCGAUGUUCUUUUCUUUCAGCCCCGAACGACGUCGGAGGGGGAAGCGGCGGAGGAGGACGAGGAGGAAGAGACCUCUGAAGAAGAGCGAAGCUAUAGCGAGUACAACGAAGAAGAGUCGGGGGCGGUGAGUGAAGAAGAAGAAGAAGAAGAAGAAGAAGAAGAAGAAGGAGAGGAGUCCGAGUGGGAAAGUUUGGGAGGAGAGGCCGAUCAAGCGGAAGUCCAAGAAGAGGAUCCUGCAGCAGCCGCAUAAAGGAGGGGAGAGAUAGCGGCGGGGAAGCGGCCGUUGGAGCAUUCCAGCGGCACUAAUUUGCCAAUCC